UUGGUCGUUUUGCUGCAGAUUUCAAUGCGUUGUCUCAACGGUUUUUUUUUACCACGUUGAUCUCUUGUGCACGCAGCCGCGAGUUUCAAACGUGCCUUGCGCAUCCAUAGAAAAUUAAAGUCGUUGAAAAUCGUCUUGCGACUGUCCUUCGGUGAUAGGUUAUGUUUUAUACGAAGAAGCGGCAGAACAAUAUCUUGAAACGGCGCAUGAAACCUCUUCGAGCCUGCUAAACAAUUCUGGAACACAUCCACCUGAAAGAAGAACCAGCUACGAGUACUCUACUGCAAAACCGAAUCAGUAUUAAACUAAUAGAUAAUCUCCGAAUCAGAAAAAACAGUGUUCUUCUUUAUUGAAACACAUUUUUGAUUCGGCUAUCGUUGCGUAAGACAGUUUGAGAAGUAUCAAAUAUAAGGAAAUAAACGCUGUCAACUGCCUGCUCAAUUGUCUAGCAUAAGGUAAAACAUUCAUCGUGUUUUUGUUUAAAAAGAAGCAAAAACAAAAACGGCAAGAGAAGGGGAUAAAAUAGAAGGUCGGUCGACCUAUGUGGAACUGUUGUUAAUAAACGACAAAUCACCAAAUAUGUUGAGCCAAAAAUUAAGUAACAGAAAGUUGAUAGUCGACCUGCUUGCACUGAUGUUUGGUCUUGGUGCAUGGGUUGGUGUCAAUGGCAUAUAUGUUCAACUACCUCUUCUGGUGAACAGUGCUCCAGAAGGAUGGAGUCUUCCAGCACAUAUGGUAGUCUUGGUACAAUUUGCAAACUUGGGACCAAUACUUUAUACGUUGUAUAUAAAGUACAAUGCAUGGGCAUAUGAUAAAUAUAUUACUUACAUACUCUUAGCUGCAGCAUCAAUAGCCACAUUUAUCAUGGCUUUUGUGUACAAUAAAACAUCAAUAAUAUUUGGCAAUGAGCACUCUACUGCUCUUUUGUCUCUGAUGUUUGUAACAGCUAUUGUCGGAUGUACGAGUUCGGUUCUAUUCAUGCCAUAUAUGAGGAACUAUAGAGAAAUUUAUUUGGUGUCCUAUCUUGUAGGAGAAGGGCUCAGUGGGUUUGUGCCUAGUGUGGUAGCAUUAAUCCAAGGUGUUGGUGGAAAUCCAACAUGUGUGAAUGCUACUACAUCAGAAUCUUAUUAUCCGGAACCCAGAUUCUCAUCUCAGGCAUUCUUCAUUUUCGUUGGUAGCUUGUUAUUCUUGUGUUACUUGUCCUUCUUGGGAUUAAAUAAUUUGUCUGUAGCUGUUGGAGAGCGUGUCAAGCUCCCAGGAAGCAUGGAGACAUUACCAACAGACACAAGAGCACCACCAAGUUAUAAAACUAAUUCUGGAUGGACAAUGUCUACACAAGUGUAUUCGUAUUUAUUAAUUAUGAUGGCCCUUGUUUGUUUCUUAGGUAAUGGUACAUUACCAAGUAUCCAAUCAUAUUCCUGUUUACCAUAUGGGAAUGUUGUGUAUCAUUUAACUGUUACAUUGUCUGCAAUGGCUGGUCCAUUGGCAAUGUCCUUAGGUUUUGUUAUUAAAAUACCAAAAGUAAGUUGUCUCAGUGCCUUGACGGCAGUUCUUAUAGUACUUUCUGGUUUUGUGUGCUUUUUAGCUGCUGCAUCGCCUACCCCACCUUUACAAAACACAUGGAUAGGUGAAUUGCUAGUUGUUUUAUCUUGGAUUUUAAUUAAUGGUUUGAUAGGUUUCAUCAAAUUAGGUAUUACUACAUUGUUCAGGCCUGAUCCUGGCAGAGGUCUCUAUUACACUGGUGUGGCAACACAAGUUGGCUCAUUAAUUGGAGCAAUAGCUACAUUUGUUUUGGUUAAUCAUGCAAGGGUAUUUCAUUCUUAUUCUCCAUGUUCAGCAAUCAGUGGACAUUGA